GAAGAAAACUGCGCGAGCUACGUUCGCAGCAGGGUCUGCGCCAGAGCGCGCCAGGCACCGCUCCCGUAACGGGUGGGAGGAAAGGAUGCACCGCCCACCCGGCGCCGAGGAGGCUCGUCCCCGAGUAGUGGACGGGAACGGCUGGGUCCCGGGGACGUGGGGCGCAGGGUCUGAGGCCACGGACGAAGCGGGAAGCCGGCUAGGCAGCGGUCUCGGUCUGGGAUGGACGCCGCGCCCCAUGCGGACCUCCCGCCCCGACUUCACCCAGCUCUGCUGCCCGUAACUUAUAUGACAAGAACAUCAGGAACCGGACUAUCAGCCCGAAAGGGCCUUCCCAAGUCGUUUCGCCGCCUGCAAUGCCCGACCGGGGGCCGCGCGUCCACGGCAACCGCGCCCGCCCGCGCAGCUGCAUAGGCCAGAAAAGGCCUGCUCGCCCGCGCUCGGCGCCACCCAGCCCGCGCUCCGAGCGAUACCACCCCGGGCGGCCCCUCCAAAGGCCGGAGAUGGUGUCGUCCCCGGUCUCCGAUUGGUCGGCGGGGCGGGGGCGUGGCCUCUGGAGCCUGGUUCCGCGCGCCGGAGCGCGCUAGCCGCAUUGCGAGCCGAACCCGGGAGCGGGCGCCAUGGUGCUGUUGCACGUGCUGUUUGAGCAUGCUGUCGGCUACGCGCUGCUGGCGCUGAAGGAAGUGGAGGAGAUCAGUCUGCUGCAGCCGCAGGUGGAGGAGUCCGUGCUCAACCUGGGCAAAUUCCACAACAUCGUUCGUCUGGUGGCCUUUUGUCCCUUUGCGUCAUCCCAGGUUGCCUUGGAAAAUGCCAACGCCGUGUCUGAAGGGGUUGUUCAUGAGGACCUCCGCCUGCUCUUGGAGACGCACCUGCCGUCCAAAAAGAAGAAAGUACUCUUGGGAGUUGGGGAUCCCAAGAUUGGUGCUGCGAUACAGGAGGAGUUAGGGUACAACUGCCAGACUGGAGGCGUCAUAGCUGAGAUCCUGCGAGGAGUUCGUCUGCACUUCCACAAUCUGGUGAAGGGUCUGACCGAUCUGUCAGCUUGUAAAGCACAGCUGGGGCUGGGACACAGCUAUUCCCGUGCCAAAGUUAAGUUUAAUGUGAACCGUGUGGACAAUAUGAUCAUCCAGUCCAUUAGCCUCCUGGACCAGCUGGAUAAGGACAUCAAUACCUUCUCUAUGCGUGUCAGGGAGUGGUAUGGGUAUCACUUUCCGGAGCUGGUGAAGAUCAUCAACGACAAUGCCACAUACUGCCGUCUCGCCCAGUUUAUUGGAAACCGAAGGGAACUGAAUGAGGACAAGCUGGAGAAGCUGGAGGAGCUAACAAUGGAUGGGGCCAAGGCUAAGGCUAUUCUGGAUGCCUCACGGUCCUCCAUGGGCAUGGACAUAUCUGCCAUUGACUUGAUAAACAUCGAGAGCUUCUCCAGUCGUGUGGUGUCUUUAUCUGAAUACCGCCAGAGCCUACACACUUACCUGCGCUCCAAGAUGAGCCAAGUAGCCCCCAGCCUGUCAGCCCUAAUUGGGGAAGCGGUAGGUGCACGUCUCAUCGCACAUGCUGGCAGCCUCACCAACCUGGCCAAGUAUCCAGCAUCCACAGUGCAGAUCCUUGGGGCUGAAAAGGCCCUGUUCAGAGCCCUGAAGACAAGGGGUAACACUCCAAAAUAUGGACUCAUUUUCCACUCCACCUUCAUUGGCCGAGCAGCUGCCAAGAACAAAGGCCGCAUCUCCCGAUACCUGGCAAACAAAUGCAGUAUUGCCUCACGAAUCGAUUGCUUCUCUGAGGUGCCCACGAGUGUAUUUGGCGAGAAGCUUCGAGAACAAGUUGAAGAGCGACUGUCCUUCUAUGAGACUGGAGAGAUACCACGAAAGAAUCUGGAUGUCAUGAAGGAAGCAAUGGUUCAGGCAGAGGAAGCGGCUGCUGAGAUUACUAGGAAGCUGGAGAAACAGGAGAAGAAACGCUUAAAGAAGGAAAAGAAACGGCUGGCUGCACUUGCCCUUGCAUCUUCAGAAAACAGCAGUAGUACUCCAGAGGAGUGUGAGGAAGGAGAUAGGUGCUGAACUUGCUCAAGAGCCCAGAGAGCUGGUUGUAGCUCACACCCAUUCCCUGGGCAUGUGUGUUCUGUCCUCGGCUGCCUCCCAGGAGUCCUCAACCUGGGGUAGUGUAAAUUCCUGCUCUGCUUAUUAUCAGACGUGUGUCCGGAGGUGGUAGUGUUUCACAGUGGGGAUGGGGGCAGGGAGGUCCCCAAUGUGCUAAGCUACAUUAUCCCUGAGAUUUUCAUUUAGCACCCAGUUUCUUAAACAGUGUUUCAGGGCCCUGCCUGGAACUUGGCAUGAUGGUUCUGUUGCGACCAACAUAGUGGGUGUUUCUUAAGGUUUUUUUUUUCAAUGGGCUGAGGUAAUUUCUCAUUACAUGUUUUCCUUCUAAUUUGGGACGGCCUUUGGGGUGGAUUUCUAAAGUUAUACCCACACAAUUAAACUAUCCCAGAAACACUGGGCAAUGUUAACUACACAGGUUCCCCUGCCUUGGCUACUUAAUUGCUGAAGAUGUAAUGAGCACUGUUCUCACAGCCUGUUCCCCUGUCCUUCCCUUUAGGAGACGAGUGAAAAACCCAAAAAGAAGAAAAAGCAAAAGCCCCAGGAGGUUCCUCAGGAGAAUGGAAUGGAAGACCCAUCUAUCUCUUUUUCCAAACCCAAGAAAAAGAAAUCUUUUUCCAAGGAGGAGUUGAUGAGUAGCGAUCCUGAAGAGACCGCUGGCAGCACCAGUAUUCCCAAGAAAAAGAAGUCUUCACCCAAGGAGGAAACAGUUAAUGACCCUGAAGAGGCAGGCCACAGAAGUGGCUCCAAGAAAAAGAGGAAAUUCUCCAAAGAGGAGCCGGUCAGCAGUGGGCCUGAAGAGGCAGCUGGCAAGAGCAGCUCCAAGAAGAAGAAAAAGUUCCAUAAAGCAUCCCAGGAAGAUUAGAAUGCAAAUGGACAUUCUCUGGGAGGUGGGGCAUACCAUAGCCCAAGGUGACAUUUCCCACCCUGUGCCGUGUUCCCCAAUAAAAACAAAUUCACAAAA